AUGCAACUUCAGCCCAAUCGCGCGGGCAAGGAUAUUAUGACCUUGAGCAGCUUGAUGGUUGAUAUGUAGGGAACGAAAGAAAAUGUUUUUCAGUAUUGAAAGCAAUAUCAACUCACGGACUCUACCGGCGGUACCAAUGUCGCUGCCCUUGCAGGUUUUGGGGGGUUUGCCUGGCAGGGAGCACUAGAUAUUGGAACAAGCCAGGUGAUGCCAUUGUGCAUGGCGAAAGUUCGAAGGAUGAAGCAUCUUGGACCCUCGACGAAAACAACGGGGACUCCUCAUUGGAUCGAUACUGGCUGUUCCCGAGGAAAACGGACCCAAGAUGGGAGAGACAACAUCCGUAAAGGCAGCCAGCAGCAGCAUUCUGCUGGUCAACUCGCGAUAACCAUCCGCAGCGCAGAGUGGUCGAAGCUUUGA